CUUAUAUUAUUAUAGUUAUUAGUCAGUUUAUGUGGUCAGUGAGCUGAUGUGUACUUAUGUAAAAGAUUUACCUAAAGUUAACUUAUUUUAUGAACCACUGAACGACAAGCAGAGUGGCGUGCUAGUCUUUAAUUUAGCUAACUAGCUUCCAAAGGUUUGCUAGUUGUGCUAAAUAUACAUUUUUAUCUUCAAUCUUUUAACCCAAAUGUUACAGAAAAUGAGAGCCACAGAGGACCAGGUUGUUGAGGACGACACUGGUUUCCAGGAUGAUGAGGAGUCCUUCUUUCAGGACAUUGACCUCCUACAGAAACACGGGAUUAACGUGGCUGACAUCAAAAAGAUGAAGUCAGUGGGUAUCUGCACUGUGAAGGGCAUCCAGAUGACAACACGUAAGGCACUGUGCAACAUCAAGGGCCUGUCGGAGGCAAAAGUUGAGAAAAUCAAGGAAGCUGCAGGGAAGAUUCUGAAUGUUGGUUUCCAGACGGCCUUUGAGUACAGUGCAAAGAGGAAGCAAGUGUUCCACAUCACGACCGGGAGCCAGGAGUUUGAUAAGCUUCUGGGUGGAGGCAUCGAGAGUAUGGCCAUCACAGAGGCUUUUGGAGAGUUUCGUACGGGAAAAACCCAGCUGUCUCACACACUCUGUGUCACUGCUCAGCUGCCUGGCGAAGACGGCUACACAGGAGGGAAAAUCAUCUUCAUUGACACCGAGAAUACCUUUCGUCCUGACAGACUGAGGGACAUCGCUGAGAGGUUUAACGUGGACCAUGAUGCAGUGCUGGACAAUGUGCUUUACGCCCGUGCCUACACCAGUGAACACCAGAUGGAGCUGUUAGACUUUGUUGCAGCGAAAUUCCACGAGGAAGGAGGAGUAUUCAAACUGUUGAUCAUUGACUCCAUCAUGGCUCUAUUCAGAGUCGACUUUUCUGGUCGAGGAGAGCUGGCAGAGAGGCAGCAGAAACUGGCUCAGAUGCUCUCCAGGCUGCAGAAGAUCUCUGAAGAGUACAACGUUGCCGUUUUCAUUACCAACCAAAUGACAGCUGAUCCUGGUGCAGGAAUGACGUUUCAAGCAGAUCCCAAAAAGCCAAUUGGUGGACACAUCCUGGCCCACGCCUCCACCACGAGGAUCAGCCUGAGAAAGGGGCGUGGAGAGAUGAGGAUCGCCAAAAUAUUUGACAGUCCCGACAUGCCGGAGAAUGAGGCUACUUUUGCCAUCUCUGCUGGAGGAGUCACUGAUGCCAAAGAGUGAAAGACGAGAGGAGAAGGAGGAGACACAGGCGUUAGCACAGUUCCCUGUUCACUGUAAUGUUACAUGUUAUGUUAUAUGACAUUUUUUUGGGAUGGAAAUGAUCUACUGAGUUGUAAAACUCAAUGCAGCUUCUCACCAUACAAUUGCAAAUGUUUUACUCUUGUAUUUAUUUAAUGUGUAGGCUCUGUGUUUGUGUGUUUCAGAAAUAUCAAUAUGAACUCAGAAAAUAAAAUGUUUUAUGUAUUUAAUUUAAAUAAGUGGAAGUUGGAUGAUUAAUGCUACCUGCAGAGAAAGAAAUGUAAAUGAAAUCCCUCACAAAUAAGUAGACAUAAGAAGACACUGUCGUCACAUUCAUUCCUACACACAUGGGCUUCAUAUGGCUAAACAAAUUGUGGUAAAAAGAAAUUCUAUACAUUAACAUUCAACUUUCAGAGGGGAAACAUGUUGUAUGGAGGAAAAGGAAGAAUGAGAUAAAACAGAGAUAUUGUAAAGUUGUUGCAAAUGCCCCACUUCACUGAUCCACCUGAAGAAUGACACUGGUUUUCCACUCAAUGACCACACUAUCUUCAAUUUCUAUUUGGAAAUCUUCAGGGAAGUACAGACUUGGACUGAGUAACUACAAAGAAGUAAGAAUGAUUUUGCACUUAAAAUAGUCACAGAUGGGUGACUAGCAUUUUAUUUACUCCAAUAAGGAUUAGUUUAUUACCAACCAGUUAAACUCUGAAAAUGUGAAUAUAUUCUUACUAUCACAAUGUACUGUAUGUUUCCAGGACAAGUAAAUUAGGUAGUAAUAUCAUUACUCUCUUCAAAACAACUUAACAGUUAAACAACAUUAAAUUAUUUUCCCACUGAACUUGUUAUUCCUGUAAAAG